AUGGCACCCAAUAGAGAAAGGAUCGCCGAGGAUGAUUUGAAUCUUCCAUAUUUUCAUGGAGCACUGAUGAACAUUGACGCAGAUCAACUUCUUGUAAACGAAGGAGAUUUUAUGGUGACAAGUCGUAUCGUUGCUGAACUCAAUAAACUUCAAUUCCAUCUGGCUGUUCGUCUCAAAAAAGGAAUUCGUCGUUAUGAGAUCAAACGGAAUCAGAGUUCCGCGAAACUCGGAAACCGUUCGGCGGGGAACAUCGGGAAAUUGAUCGACUCGUUGAAAGCAGAAACAAUUGAAAUAAAAGGAGAAAAGGUUCAAUUGAAGAGAGCAAUUGCGAAAGGGAAAUUUCAAUUGAUGCAUCGAGAUGUCAACUUCAAAAAACAAAUUGGAUCGGGGGCAUAUGGAACUGUUUAUCGUGGACGAUUGGUCAAGAAUAAUGCUGUAAUUGCAGUGAAGAAGUUGGAUACAGAGGGAACUGAUGAGGAUGCGUUGGCUGAUAUGAUGAAAGAAGCAAGAGUUAUGCAAUUAUAUGAUCAUCCGAAUAUUGUCAAGUUCUAUGGAUUCAUUUUGGAUGAUUAUCCAUACCUUUUGGUGCUAGAAUUCUGUAAUGGAGGCGCUGUUGAGGAUUUACUCAGAGAAAAAUCUGAUUUGAAGGUGAAUCGAAGAGUACAGUAUACUUAUAUGGCUGCAUGUGGAAUGGAUUAUUUGCAUAAAAAGAACUGUAUCCAUCGUGACAUUGCUGCUCGUAACUGUCUCAUUCAUAAUGGAAUCGUCAAAAUGGCUGAUUUCGGAAUGUGUCGUGCCACUACCGUCUACAAAGUCGAUCUGACCAAACCGUUGAAUGUCCGUUGGUUGGCUCCAGAAGUCUGGGCGAAUGGAGAGACUCGUUUCAAUACUGAUGUGUAUGCAUUCGGUGUCAUGAUCUGGGAAUUCUUCAUCACUCCGUAUCAGUCUCCGUAUCAUGAAUGGAAGGGUUACACUGUCAAGCAAAAAGUUCGCAGUGGAUAUCGUAUGCCACCGCCGGACGGAAUGCCACGAGAAAUGAUAACAGUUCUCGGUGAAUGCUGGAAUCAUGAGCCAGAAAAAAGACCAACUGCGGAGAAGCUGAAAGAGAAACUCGAAGAAUUGAAUAAGAAGUUUGAAGCAGGAGACCCGAGUGUCAUGCAGGGACCGGAGAAGAGUUCGGAGCCAAAUACAAAUAAUUGA